GAACCGUGCGUUGUCCAGAUUCUUUGUGCCAUACUUGGCAUACCAGGCGACGAGAACUUUAUAUUUGCAAGUGAAAAUUCCCGCUCCUGCCCGAAUAUCCGCGUCCGCCGCGCCGGAGUCUUGAAUCUCGGUACCUGGGUAACUACUCCAAAAUUUCGUCGUCGUGGAACCCGGCACCGCCCGAGACGAACGGCGGUGCUUCUGACACGAAAAGUGUUGCCAGCGAACUCAGCGAGGAUGAGAAAGACCUUGGGGGUUCGGACGCGGAGGGCGUGUGGUCGCCGGAUAUCGAGCAGAGUUUCCAAGAAGCCCUCGCCAUCUAUCCUCCCUGUGGGAGAAGAAAAAUCAUUCUUUCUGACGAGGGAAAGAUGUACGGUCGGAAUGAGUUGAUAGCAAGAUACAUCAAGUUGCGGACGGGAAAGACAAGAACGAGGAAACAGGUCUCCAGUCAUAUUCAAGUGCUUGCCCGGAGGAAGCUCCGAGAGAUACAAACCAAAUUAAAGCACACCCAUCAACAAGAUUCAAAUGCGAAGGAGAAGGCGUUGCAAGCAAUGAGCAGCAUGAGCUCGGCUCAGAUUGUGUCUGCUACUUUGAUGAAUAACAAAGCUGCCAUGCCCACUUCUGCCUUGCCUGGUAUCGGCCUUCCUCCUCAUCCUACCUACUCAUCGCCUGUGAGUCCUUUCGAACCUACUUCUCCCUUUCCUAAAAGAGCAGAAUUUAAUGAUGAAAAGGAUGUUCCUCAUUCCUUUUGUUUCAGCAUCAAGCCACUGGCACAGUCACCAUACAUGAGCAAGCCAUCUACAGUGGUAACUUCAUCAGCUGAGAUGGGUUUGCUAACCUCAGCUGGAGCCCAACCACCUGCCCAGCCACCCUGGGAAGGAAGGGCCAUUGCCACUCCUAGACUUCGAUUAGUUGAAUUUGCUGCCUUCCUUGAAACCCAUCGAGAACCUGAUACAUACCACAAGCACCUCUUUGUGCACCUUGGUGGUCCCACCACAUAUUCUGAUCCUCUACUUGAGGAUGAAGCCAGUGCUUUCUACGGAGUCACUAGCAUUUAUGAAAGUCCGGAGAACAUGACUGUCACGGUGUCAACAAAGGUGUGUUCCUUUGGGAAGCAAGUGGUUGAGAAGGUAGAAACAGAAUAUGCCCGCUUCGAAGGUGGUCGCUUCGUCUUCCGGCUCCACCGCUCACCUAUGUGCGACUACAUGAUCAAUUUCAUCCUUAAGCUCAAGCACCUGCCUGAGAAGUACAUGAUGAACUCUGUCCUCGAGAAUUUCACUAUCCUCCAGGUUGUGACAAAUCGGGACACACAGGAGACUUUGCUGUGCAUAGCAUAUGUGUUUGAAGUGUCAACUUCAGAACAUGGUGCCCAGCAUCAUAUCUACAGAUUGGUGAAAGAGCCAUCACUAUGAAGGAGAAUGUCCGUGACAGAGAGCCUUCUUGUGUGCCUCAAGCCCCCUCCUCCCUCCUGGCUCCCAGACUCUCCAAUCAUCACAGCUUGUUAUACAAAAUACACACAUAUGAACACUCAUGCACUCUGAGUGAUCUUACCACAGCGGUUGUGUCACAUGCCGAAAGAAAAGAAAACAGAAUAGGAGAAAGAAAAACAUAGACAGUCCCAUCCUGUGGUACUUAAGUUUUAACCAAAAGAGUUUAUUAUUUUAGAUCUCUAGAGGAAUGUGAUAACUCUCUUGGAAGCCUAUUCAGCAGCCAUAAUCAUGUCUCAUGCAGACAAUUCCUCUUUCUCUGCCUCCCUCUCCCUUCCUCAUCAGAGUCCACCUUGAUGAGAUUUAGUCCAAUACAUUAUCCUUUGUCUUUUUUGUUUGUUGUUGAAGUGUUGUUAGUCACCUGGAACAGAGCUACAGCUACGGUACCUAAGCUAGGAUUCUUCCUCUUCUUUUUUUUUUUUAAAUUCUUCAUG